AUGUCAGAUACAACAAAAUCUACAUUAAGUAGUAAUGAACUUGCAUUUCCAAGAGGUGGUAAUACAAAAUUAACACCAUUAGAAGUUAAAGAAAUAUCAAAUGAAGCAACAAAAGAUGUGUUAUUUGAAAUAAAUGAAAAAAAGAGAACCAAUGAGUCAAAUCAAGACAACAGUAAAUUAAAACAACGUAAAAAAUCAAGAAGAAGUAAUAAUACAAAAAAUGAAAAAAUAGAGGAAGAAGAAGAUUCAAAUAAAUUAUCUAUUGAAUAUUUAAAUUUUAAAAAUUUAUUUCCUGGAUCAUUAGUAUUUGGACAAAUUCAAUUUAUAAAUAAAUUAGAUAUAGGUUUAGCAUUAGAAAAUAAUUUAGUUGGUUAUAUACCUAUUACUUCAAUAAGUUCACAAAUUACAGAAUUAAUAAAUCAAUAUGAAAACGAAAGUGAAGAAGAAGAAGAAGAAAGUGAUGACGAAAAUGAUCAAGAUAAUGAAGAAUCUACUACUAUAGCUAAUUUAAAAAAUCAAAAAGAAUUUCCAGAUUUAAAAUCUAUUUUUAAAAUUGGAUCAUGGUUAAAAGCAAAAGUUGUUGAAUCAAAUGAUGAGUCAAACCAAAAAAGAAAAAGAAUAGAAUUAAACAUUGAACCAGAUCAAGUUAAUAAUAAUUUAGAAAAAGAAGAUUUAAUUCCAGGUAAUAUAUUACAAGCUUCAAUAAAAUCAAUUGAAGAUCAUGGUAUUGUUUUAGAUUUAGGAAUUAAUGGAUAUUCCGGGUUUAUAUUAAAUAAAGAUAUAGACAAUGAAUCAAUUUCACUAAAAGAGGGUUUAGUUAUUUCAACUAUUAUAAGUUCAAAACCAUCAGGUAGAAUAAUAAAUUUAAAACCACUUGAUUCAACCACAACAUCAACUAAAAAAUCAAUCACCACAAUAUCAUCAAUAGAUUCAAUUCAACCAGGUAUAAUAGUAGAUGCAUUAGUUAAUGAAAAUUCAGAAUUAGGAAUAUUCACAAAAGUAUUUGGAUUAAUUAAUGGUACAAUAAAUUUAUCAGAUUUACAAGAUUUUAAUAUAACAAAUAUAAAAGAAAGAUUUGCUGUAGGAAAUACAGUAAAAGCAAGAAUAUUAGCUAUAUUAUCAUCAAAUGGAAUUAAAAAAUUGAUAUUAUCCGUAUUACCAAAUGUUUUAAAUUUACAAAAUGAAGAAUCUAAAAAUAAUUCAUUGGAAGCGUUUCCCGUUGGUCAUAUUUUUGAAGAAAUUGAAAUUAUUGGUUCAGAUAAAGAAUAUUUAUUUGGAAAAUUUGGAUCAAAUGAAUUAUAUGGACAAAUUCAUAAUUCAAAUAUUGAUACUAAACAAAAAACAUUAAUUGAUUAUAAUAUUGGUUCAAAACAUAAAUCAAGAGUUAUUGGUUUUAAUAUAAUUGAUAAUUUAUUAAUAUUAUCAUUAGAUCCAGCAGUUAUUAAAGCUGAAUAUUUAAAUGUUAAAGAUAUACCAAUAGGUACUUUAAUAAAUUGUGAAAUUACAAAAGUUUUACCUGAUUCUGAAGGUAUAAAUGUUAAAUUUUUAGAUAAUAAGUUUAAUGGAUUUAUACCAAGUAAUCAAAUGUCAGAUAUUAAACUUAUAUAUCCUGAAAAAAAAUUUAGAAUUGGGUCCAAAAUAAAAGGUAGACUAUUGGGAUUCAACAAGAAUUUACCUCAAAUAACUAUUAGAAAAUCAUUAGUUAAUUUAGAUAAUGAUGAAAUAUUAUAUAAUUUUGAUCAAGCUUUCAUAGGUUUCAAAACAAAUGCAAUAAUUUCAAAAUUUGUUCAUGGAGGAGUUAUUGUAUCAUUUUUUGGAAAUUUAAAAGCAUUUUUACCCAAAAAUGAAAUUUCAGAAACUUUUGUUGAUGAUGCAAGUAAAUAUUUAAAAUUAAAUCAAGUUGUUAAAAUUAAAAUUUUAGAUAUAUUGGACAAGGAAAAAAGAUUAAUUGUUACUUUAAAACAAUCAACUUCUUUAUCUUCAGUUCAACGUGAUGAAAUUAAUAAACUAAUUCCUGGAGAAUCUAUAAUUAAAGCUAUAAUAUCUGAAAAGACGAAUAAUUCAGUAUUAGCUGAAAUUGAAAAUUCAAAUAUUAGAGGAGUUAUAUAUGAUGGUCAAUUAUCUGAUGGAAAUUAUGAACAAAAUCGUUCAUUAUUAAAAAAAUUAAAAAUUUCAAGUGAAAUUGAAACAUUAGUGUUGGAAAAAGAUUUAAAAGCAAGAACUGUUAUAUUAACUGCCAAAAAUUCAUUAAUUGAAGCUUCUAAAAGCAAACAAUUCCCCAUAGAUCUUGAAGAUAUACAACAAAAUAAAAUUAUAAAAGGUUAUGUUAAAUCAGUUACAAAUUUAGGUAUAUUUGUUUGUUUUACUGGAAGAUUAACUGGUUUAAUAUUAGCAAAAUAUGCAAUAAAAAAUCAAGCGGAAGAUAUUCAUAAAAAAUUUUAUAAAAAUCAAUCAUUAACUUGUAAAGUUCUUAGUAUUGAUUUUGAAAAUAAAAGAUUCUUAUUAACAUUAGCAUCAAAUAAUGAAAUAAAUAAUAAUAAUGAUAAAAUUAUAAAUCCAAUUGAUAAAACAAAAAAUUUAAUAAGUGAUUAUAGUGAAAAUUCAAUUACUUCAUGUAUUAUAAAAUCAAUAAAGGGAACUCAAUUAAAUGUUCAAUUAGGUGAUAAUUUACAAGGUAGAAUAGAUAUAACAAAAUGUUUUAAUAAUAUAAAAGAUAUAAAAAAUUUAAAUCAACCACUUUCAAUUUUUAAAAAGGGAGAAAUUUUAAAUAAUGUUAAAAUUUUAGGAAUUCAUGAUGUUAAAAAUCAUAGUUAUUUACCAAUAACUCAUAAAAAUUCAAAUAAACAAAAUAUUUUAGAAUUAUCAUUAAUUGAUAAUACAGAUUCUACAGACGUACAAAAAUCAAUUUCUAAUUUUAAAAUAAAUGAAGAAAUUUUAUGUUUUGUAAAUAAUAUUGAUAAAGGAUAUUUAUGGGUUUCAAUUACACCACAAAUAAAAGGCAGAAUUUCAUUUUUUGAUUUAAGUAAUAAUGGAGAAAUAUUAAAUGAAGAUAUUGAUAAUAAAUUCCCCAUUGGUUGUGCAAUAAAAGCACGAGUUAAAAAUAUUAAUAAUGAAUUUAAAAUCUUGGAAUUAUCUAUUAGAGAUAAAUAUAUUGAAUCUAUUAAUGAUUUAGUAGUUGGUGAAAAUUAUCCUGGUAGAAUUAUCAAGAUUAAAGAUAUGUAUGUUUUAGUUGACUUAGGUAAUAAAAUUAUUGCAUCAUCAUUUAUAACUGAUGCAUUAAAUAAUUAUUCGAAUAAAUUAUCUUCAAUUUUUCAAAUUAAUGAUUAUGUAUCUGCAAAGAUAUUAGAUAUUGAUUUAGAUCAACAAAAAGUAUCAGUUAGUUUAAAAACAAAUGAAUCAAUAGAUAAAACAAUAAAUUCAAUAGACGAUUUAAAAAGAGGUGAUAUUGUAAAGGGUUUUAUUAAAAAUAUUAAUAAUAAUGGUGUAUAUAUUUCAUUAGGUCGUUCAAUUUUUGCAUUAGCAAGAGUUUCAGAUUUAAGUGAUUCAUAUUUAAAAGAUUGGAAAAAAUAUUUUAAAAUUAAUCAAUUAGUAACUGGUAAGAUUAUAAAUUGUAAAGAAGAAGGUAGAAUAUUAAUUACCCUAAAAGAGAGUUUAAUAAAUGGUAAAUUAAAUUACUUAAAAUCUUUUGAAGAUUUAAAAAUUGGUGAAAUUUAUGAAGGUAUUGUAACAAAAUCUACGGAUUUUGGAGUUUUUAUAAAAUUAAAUAAUACUUUAAAUAUCACGGGGUUAUGUCAUAGAUCUGAAAUUUCAGAAAAUUCAGAAAUUCAAAAUCCCGUUAAAUUAUUUGGUGAAGGUGAUUUAGUUAAAGUUAAGAUUUUAAAAAUUGAUGAAGAUAAAAAACAAUUGUCUUUAGGUAUGAAGGCUUCUUAUUUUAAUGAGAAUGUUGAGGAUAAUGGAGAUAAUGAAGUAGUAGAUGUUGAAAUGGCUGAUGCAGAAGAAGAUGAGGAAGACGACGAGAAUGAUUAUGAAGAUGAAGAUGAAGAAAAUGAAGAUGUAAUAAUAGACGCCGAAGAAGAAGAAGAAGAAAACGAUAGUGAAGAUGAAGAGAGUGAAGAUGAAAAUAAUGAAGAAGAAUCAGAUUCAUUACAAUUAUCAACUAAUGGAUUUGAUUGGACAGCAUCAAUAUUAGAUCAAAAUCAAAAUGAAGAAAUAUCGUCAUCAGAAGAUGAAGAAGAUGAUAACACCACAAAUACCAAAAAGUCAAAAAGAAAACAAAAACAAUCAAAACAAAUUGAAGAUAAAACAUUAGAUUUAAACACCAGAACACCUCAAUCAAAUUCAGAUUUUGAAAGAUUAAUAUUAGGUAACCCCAAUAAUUCAAUAUUAUGGAUGAAUUAUAUGUCAUAUAAUUUACAAUUAAGUGAAAUUGAAAAAGCAAGAGAAAUUGGAAAAAGAGCAUUAGAAACAAUAAAUUAUAGAGAAGAAAAUGAAAAAUUAAAUAUUUGGAUUGCUCUUUUGAAUCUUGAGAAUUCUUUUGGUACUAAUGAUUCAUUAGAUUCAAUUUUCAAAAAAUCUUGUUCUUAUAUGGAUGAAUUUAUAAUGUAUCAAAAAUUAAUUAAUAUUUUAAAAUUAAGUGAAAAAAAUGAAAAAUUAGAACAAGAGAUAUUCCCAAAAUUUUUAAAAAAAUUUGGGUCCAAUUAUUUAAGUUGGAUAAUUUAUGGAUCAUAUUUAUUAGAUCAAGAAGAUAGAUCUAAAAUAAAUGAAAUUUUAACUAAGGCAUUAACAAUAUUGCCAAAAUCUCAACAUAUAGAAUUAAUUAAAAAUUUUGCAAUUUUAGAAUUUAAAAAGGGAGAUGUUGAAAAGGCAAGAUCAUUAUUUGAAGGAUUAAUUAGUGAUUUACCAAAAAGAAUAGAUUUAUGGAAUAUUUAUUUAGAUCAAGAAAUUAAAUAUUAUUCAACUAUUGAUCAAGAAGAUAAAGAACAAUUAAAACAAUUAAAAUUACAAAUUGAAAAUUUAUUUGAAAGAGUUAUUGAAUUAAAAAAGAUUAGUAGAAAACAAGUUAAAUUUUUUUUUAAUAAAUGGUUAAAAUUUGAAGAAAAUAUUGGUGAUGAAAAAAUGAUUAAAAAAAUUAAAUCAAAAGCUAUUGAAUAUGUUGAAAAAAAUUCUAAUAAUAAUGAAUAA